AACCCCCCGCUUUCCUGUUCUACCUUUCUCUCUCUUUCUGUUUCUCUUUCUCAAACCCCCCUCCCCCAUGGCCUCUGCGGAAGACCCCACCACCGUCUUCGGGGAAGAAGACCUAGACGACGAUGAGGACGAAGACAGCGAAGAGGAGGAGGAGAAUCUAGCCUUGCCCUCCCACCAAGACGACGACGUUUUGGAUGAAGAUGAUGAGGAUGACGAAGACGACGACGUUUUGGACGAGGCCUCCGCUUCACCUUCCACCUCUGGUGAUCCUCAUAUCUCCUCUUCCUCCGUCGCUCCUGUUGUUACAGUUCCGGUGGUCACCGUCGCCGUCCCCGGCGUACCCAACGGCGAGCCCAUCCCUGCCGCUGUGGACUCUGCUUCCGAUCCGAAGCGGCCUCGUGCCGGUGAGGAGAAGAAGCCCUUUGACGAGUCUCGGAGACUGUUUCAGCGGCUGUGGACCGACGAGGAUGAGAUCGAGCUGUUGCAGGGGUUUCUGGAGUACAGUGCGCAGCGAGGCCCCAACAGUUCCUCCCACCAUCAUGAUACGACUGCGUUUUACGAUCAGAUCAAGUCAAAAUUGCAGCUUGAUUUCAAUAAGAACCAGCUUGUGGAGAAGCUCCGGAGGUUGAAGAAGAAGUACCGGAACGUCGUGAGUCGGAUCAGCUCCGGUAAGGAAUUUUCCUUUAAAAGCCCUCACGAUCAGUCCACUUUUGAAAUCUCUCGCAAAAUUUGGAGCACCGCCACGGCCAUCACCGGUGUCCCAGAAGAAACCGUGCUCGAAGACGAUGACGCAAACCCUAACCCUAACCCCACCACCAACCCUAGUCCCAAUCCCAAUCCCACCCCUAAAGGGUUCAACAGUUAUAGCAUCGAUGUGAAUAGUGCGGAGAAGAAGGUGCCUAGGUCGCGAAAACGAUCUAGAGCGAAGCUUGAUGAAAAGCCUGUGCUGAAUAAUCAGAAUCACGAAAUGCCAUCCUCGAUUCCGAGCUUAAUUGAGGAAACGGUGAGGAGUUGUUUAUCGCCGUUGUUCAAGGAAUUGCUGCAUAAUGCGGUUAAUGGGCCAUCAUGUGGUGCAAGAGGGUUUGGAGGUAUGGCUUUGAAUCCAAUGCCCUUGAGUUUUGGAGGCACAGAGGUGACGGAUGAGAGGUGGAGAAAGCAACAGAUUUUGGAGUUGGAGGUGUACUCAAAGCGAUUGGAGUUGGUGCAAGAACAGAUUAGAUCAGCAUUACAGGAGCUGAGAGGUAUGGGAAGUUGAUGGGGGUGGUUUGGGUUUGGAUGAUACUAGUACGUGUUUGGAGUUUUGUUUAGGUCAUAAAAUUUAUUGGUCGAUGAUCAAUGGUUAAUAUUGUAGCUGAGAUGAUUGCGUUUUGAAUUUUAUACUUCUGCUUAUCUUAAUUUAUUGUUGUUGAAUAAUGGUUUCUGUUUAUUUAGUCUUCAGUAGUUUGUUCAAAUUCUUUCAAUAUGUGCACAGAUAUAAUGGGUUCCCAAAUUGAAUGGAAUGAAUAUAUAGGUUAAAACCA